UCCUGCCAGUCGGCCGGCUCUCCUCCGUGGAACCCUUUGCGAUCCUAAGAAGAGAAGGAACUGUAAACACUUUAUCAUGGACCUGAGGGAUUUUUACCUGUUGGCUGCCCUGAUUGCCUGUCUCAGGCUGGAUUCUGCCGUAGCCCAAGAACUUAUUUACACAAUCCGAGAGGAGCUGCCGGAAAACGUGCCCAUUGGGAACAUACCAAAGGAUUUGAACAUCUCUCACAUCAGUUCUGCCACAGGGACCAGUACAAGUCUCGUCUACAGGCUGGUGUCCAAAGCCGGGGAUGCCCCUUUGGUCAAAGUGUCCAGCACUACCGGGGAGAUCUUUACCACCUCCAACCGAAUCGACAGGGAGCGGCUCUGCGCCGGGGCCGCGUACGUGGAAGAGAACGAGUGCUUCUUCGAACUGGAGGUGGUGAUUCUCCCCAAUGACUUUUUCCGGCUGAUCAAGAUCAAAAUCAUUGUGAAGGAUACCAAUGACAAUGCCCCCAUGUUCCCUUCGCCGGUCAUCAAUAUCUCCAUCCCUGAAAAUACGCUGAUCAACAGCCGCUUUCCCAUCCCCUCGGCUACGGAUCCUGAUACCGGUUUCAAUGGGGUGCAGCACUAUGAACUUUUGAAUGGGCAGAGUGUCUUUGGGCUGGAUAUAGUGGAGACUCCGGAAGGCGAGAAGUGGCCGCAGCUGAUUGUGCAGCAGAACUUGGACAGGGAGCAGAAAGACACCUAUGUGAUGAAAAUCAAAGUCGAGGAUGGAGGAACCCCCCAGAAAUCCAGCACAGCUAUCCUCCAGGUCACAGUAAGUGAUGUGAACGACAACAGGCCAGUUUUUAAAGAGGGUCAGGUGGAGGUACACAUCCCAGAGAAUGCCCCCGUAGGGACCUCGGUCAUCCAGCUUCAUGCUACAGAUGCAGACGUAGGAAGCAAUGCAGAGAUCAGAUACAUUUUUGGGGCCCAGGUUGCUCCCGCCACUAAAAGACUCUUUGCUUUAAACAACACAACUGGGCUGAUUACAGUUCAGAGGGCCUUAGAUCGAGAGGAGACCGCUAUUCACAAGGUGACGGUGCUGGCCAGCGAUGGUAGCUCCACGCCUGCCCGGGCAACGGUUACCAUCAAUGUGACUGAUGUUAAUGAUAACCCCCCUAACAUAGACCUCAGGUACAUUAUAAGCCCCAUCAACGGCACAGUGUACUUAUCUGAGAAAGACCCUGUCAAUACCAAGAUCGCCCUAAUUACAGUCUCAGAUAAGGACACGGAUGUGAAUGGCAAAGUGAUCUGUUUCAUUGAGAGAGAGGUGCCAUUCCACUUGAAGGCUGUCUACGACAACCAGUACUUGUUAGAGACCUCUUCCUUGCUGGACUACGAGGGCACCAAAGAAUUCAGCUUUAAAAUAGUUGCCUCAGAUUCCGGCAAGCCCAGUUUGAACCAGACUGCCCUGGUAAGAGUUAAGCUGGAGGACGAAAAUGACAACCCUCCAAUUUUCAGCCAGCCAGUAAUUGAGCUGUCGGUUUCCGAAAACAAUCGCCGUGGUCUGUACUUAACCACUAUCAGUGCCACGGAUGAGGACAGUGGGAAAAAUGCAGACAUUGUGUAUCAGCUUGGCCCCAAUGCUUCCUUUUUUGAUUUGGAUAGAAAGACGGGGGUUUUGACGGCCUCCCGGGUCUUCGACCGAGAAGAGCAGGAGAGGUUCAUUUUCACCGUUACGGCACGAGACAACGGUACCCCGCCCCUGCAGAGCCAAGCCGCUGUCAUAGUUACGGUAUUAGACGAGAAUGACAACAGUCCCAAAUUCACUCAUAAUCAUUUUCAAUUCUUUGUGUCGGAGAACUUACCAAAGUACAGCACCGUUGGAGUGAUCACGGUCACUGACGCAGACGCAGGAGAGAAUAAGGCCGUGACCCUUUCCAUCCUGAAUGACAACGAGAACUUUGUUCUGGAUCCUUAUUCUGGAGUUAUAAAAUCAAAUGUUUCCUUUGACCGAGAGCAGCAGAGUUCCUACACCUUUGACGUCAAGGCCAUCGAUGGAGGGCAACCACCCCGCUCAUCGACCGCAAAGGUCACUAUAAAUGUCAUGGAUGUUAAUGACAACAGUCCGGUGGUCAUCUACCCACCUUCUAAUACUUCUUUUAAACUGGUGCCCCUUUCGGCUAUCCCUGGCUCCGUGGUAGCGGAAGUGUUUGCAGUUGACAUCGACACGGGAAUGAACGCUGAACUCAAAUAUACCAUUGUUAGUGGAAACAACAAAGGUUUAUUCCGUAUCGAUCCAGUGACGGGUAACAUUACCCUGGAAGAGAAGCCGACUCCUACUGAUGUGGGGCUGCAUCGGUUAGUGGUCAACAUCAGCGACCUGGGUUAUCCUAAAUCCCUGCAUACUCUCGUCCUCGUGUUUUUGUAUGUCAACGACACGGCUGGAAACGCCUCUUACAUUUAUGACUUGAUCCGCAGGACUAUGGAAACCCCCUUGGAUCGGAACAUUGGAGACAGCAGCCAGCCCUACCAAAACGAGGACUACCUUACCAUCAUGAUCGCCAUUGUGGCGGGCGCCAUGGUUGUCAUUGUGGUGAUCUUUGUUACCGUUCUGGUCCGCUGCCGCCACGCCUCGAGGUUCAAAGCGGCCCAGCGGAGCAAGCAAGGGGCUGAGUGGAUGUCCCCCAACCAGGAGAACAAACAGAACAAGAAGAAGAAGCGGAAGAAAAGGAAGUCUCCUAAGAGUUCCCUGUUGAAUUUUGUGACCAUUGAGGAGUCCAAACCUGAGGAUGCGGUUCACGAACCGAUCAACGGGACCAUUAGCCUUCCAGCUGAGCUGGAGGAGCAAAGUAUAGGAAGAUUUGACUGGGGCGCUGCCCCGCCCACCACCUUUAAACCGAACAGCCCCGAUCUCGCUAAGCAUUACAAAUCCGCCUCCCCGCAGUCUGCUUUUCAUCUUAAGCCUGACACUCCCGUCUCGGUGAAAAAACACCAUGUGAUUCAGGAACUCCCUUUGGACAACACCUUUGUUGGGGGCUGUGACACCCUUUCCAAACGCUCUUCCACUAGUUCAGAUCACUUCAGUGCCUCAGAGUGCAGUUCCCAAGGAGGCUUCAAGGCAAAGGGCCCCUUGCACAGCAGACAGGCACUGAAUUUUGGAGAUAUGCCGAACUACUUGUGGGAGAUUUGGGUACCUGACAAACCAUGGGUGUCCCAGCGCCGUGUUACAUUUCACCUCCCCGAUGGCUCGCAAGAAAGCUGCAGUGACAGUGGUCUAGGAGAUCAUGAGCCUGUGGGUAGUGGCACCCUGAUCUCACACCCUCUCCCUCUGGUUCAGCCGCAGGACGAAUUCUACGACCAGGCCUCACCGGACAAGAGGACCGAAGCUGACGGCAACUCCGACCCCAACUCUGAUGGACCUCUUGGCCCCCGAGGAUUAGCCGAAGCAACAGAAAUGUGCACUCAAGAAUGUCUGGUUCUGGGUCAUUCAGACAACUGUUGGAUGCCUCCAGCGUUGGGUUCAUACCAGCAGCCAAAGUCUCCGCUUUCCACCUUUGCCCCUCCAAAGGAAUGGAUUAAGAAAGACAAACUGGUGAAUGGACACACGUUGACCAGAUCCUGGAAAGAAGACAGCAACAGGAACCAGUUCAGCGACCGAAAGCAGUUUGGCUCAGGCGAAGGCCAUUUCAACCCCAGUCACAUGACUGACAUUCCUUUGGCCAACUUGAAGGCCUACAAACAGGCCUCGGCGGCCGUGGAGAGCCCGAAGGAGAACCAGCUAUAAGGAAUGGCUUCUUUGGAGCAGUGACUUUAGCCUAGUUAGACUUGCUAAUACUGUAUGUGUGUGUGUGUGAGUCAGAGCUUUAUGUACUACUGAGUAGACCUCUAGAACUAUGCGUCACAUAGCAGAGAGAUGCGUAACUUUGGGGUGGCUCCACAGAACUGCCACGUGAAAGAGCAUUUCUACUAGUUGUGUGCUUUUGUUAAAUAGACCGAAUCAAACUCUUACAGAGAAUCUCUCCAGUUUGCAAAUAUCUU